GUGGCUUCGACAUCUCUCUCGCUGCAACGCGUGUUUGAGACUCAGUUUGAGUGAUUCAGUGACACGGACGGAGUCUUCAUCAUCUUCCUCAUCUUCAUCAUCACCGCGACAGCUUCACGGCACUUUUCUGUCCCUGGACGCGUGCGUCGUUGCGGUCCGCGGGGAGUGUUGUGGAUUUUUCAGGAUCUGCGCGUCUGAGACUCUGUGAAGUUGACCAGAGCGCGUCAGGAUGCGUCACCGGAGCUGCCCGUGGUUUCUCGGCGCGCUGCUGCUGGGCUUCUGCGCUCGGGCCGCCGGGGCUCCCGAAUGCGAGAACUGCUCCAGGUCGGAGCUGGAGCCGUGCGGCGGACCGGACUGGAUCCUGGGCUCCUGCGGAUCCGGACUCGCCUGCGCGGCGCUCAACGGAACCGGACCCGCGCGCGCACCUGAGACAGGUGUCUGCAGAGCGGUCCCUGCUGCGACGGAUGCUGAGGAUGAGGACGAGCGCUGCCCGCUGGUGAGCGGCUGUGAGCGUGUGGACGGACAGUGUGUGUGUGCGUCCAGACACUCCUGCACCCCGGCCUUCAGCUUUCCUGACAGAGACGCCUGCGUGCAUGCUGGGAAAACAGAGGAUCCUCAGUGCGCCGGAGUCACCUGUGCGCCGCUUCCUGUCCCCGUCUGCCCGUCUGAUUCGGCCCUGAGCCGCAGCUACCCUCCGCCGGCCGGGUGCUGCCCGACGCUCCCUCCUCAGUGCGCAUGCGAGCGCUGUCCAGCUCCUCCGGCCUGCAGAGACGGCCGCCGGGCAGUGCUGCUCACCGAGGGCUCCGGAGCGCCGGGAAACUGCUGCAACACAUACAUCUGUCAGAGAGUUUCUCCCAGGUGUGUUCAUGACGGGAAGGAGUUUGCGGAGGGCGAGGUGUACCGCAUGGACCCGUGCUGGCUCUGUCAGUGUCGCGGCGGAGUGUCCUUCUGCUCUAAAGCCGAAUGCGCCGAGCUGGACUGCGACAACUUCUACGUCCCCGAAGGAGAAUGCUGCCCCGUCUGCAUAGAUGUGGAGCUGCUGUCGGUGGAGAGCACUAAAGCGAGCUGCUGGGUGAAUCACAGACUGCGAGCGCAUGAGGAGCAGUGGAAGGAGGACGACUGCACCUUCUGUCAGUGUGUGGACGGAGAGCCUCACUGCACUGCUAUGGCCUGCAAACAGAGCUGCCAGAACCCCGUGAAGAUCCCUGGAGAGUGCUGCCCCUUCUGUGAGGAGCCGUCAUACGAGACGGUGAGCCCGCUGCUCUGCCCGCCGCUGGAAAACUGCUCUCUCUCUGGGCACGACUGCCCCUUUGGCUUCCAGCAAGACCCCAGCGGCUGUCUGCUAUGCCAGUGUGUCAGCAAUGAAACCUGUCCUGACGUGUCCACGCUCUGCUCUCUGGAGUGUCCCCUGGGUUAUGAGAAAGACAGCUAUGGUUGUGAAGUGUGUGAAUGUAGUGUAUCCACGCCAAAGUGCCGCCCCAUGACCUGCAGCAAGACAUGCCCUUAUGGAUACAUGAGGAAUAAGCACGGCUGUGAGAUGUGCCGCUGCGUCCGCUGUCCGCCGUUCUCCUGCGACAAACUCUGCAGCCACGGCUACAAGAAGAGCAGGAAGGGCUGCGGCGUCUGCGAGUGUAAAGACGCAGACAGACGAGUGUCCAGCACCAGCGCCUCGGUCACCGUCUCCUCCGGUUCCUGUCUGACCGCGAGCGGCCGCCGCUUCCUGGAGGGAGACGGAUGGCACGACGGCUGCAGGGACUGCUUCUGUCACGCCGGCCGAGAGAUGUGUGUGUUGAUCACCUGCCCUGUGCCCAGCUGCGUCCAGCCUGUGCUCCGAGCUGACCAGUGCUGCCCCAGCUGUGACGACGAGGCGGGCAGCGGGCAGCCGGAGGGGCCGGAUCUGGUGGUGUGUCGUGCUCCGGCCGGAGAGCUGUAUGUUGAGGGAGAGACGUGGAGACUAGACGAGUGCACUAGCUGUACGUGUCGACAGGGAAGAGUGCUCUGUGAGUCUGAGUCCUGUCCCCCGCUUCUGUGUCACACACCUGUCCGGAGCAGAGACAGCUGCUGCUACACCUGCUCAGAGGAGGAUCUGGAGUCUCUGAAUCCCUUCAACAGCAGUCUUCAGGAGUCUUGUGAGUCCAGCUCCGGAGAAAUCCUGCGCAGCGGGGACUCGUGGAAACCCAACGCCUGCAGCAGCUGUGUGUGUCUCUCGGGGAGCGUCCGGUGUUUCUCGCAGCAGUGUCCGCUCGCAGCCUGCAGGGUCCCGGUGCUGCGCAAGGGCCAGUGCUGCCCGCAGUGCAUGCUGGAGAUAACGAGCUCCUCCUCACCGGUCACCGAGAGCCGGCUGACCUCCGCUCCUCCGAGAGCCGUCACAGACGGUGACGGUCUCCUGUGGGACGUCCCGAGUCAGACGGAGAUGACGCUCAUCUACCAAUCAGCGGCCUGGAUUCUGGCGGGAAUCCUGCUGGCGGUGGUCAUCUUCCUCCUGGUGGCCGUUCUGGUGAACCGCAGGAAGAACUGGGUUCAGAUGUCCUGCUACGGAGCGCCCAAGAAGACGGUGAUCCUGCAGAAGCACGUGAACAAGAGCUCUCUGGUGUACAUGGAGCCGUCCCGAGAGAAUCAGUUCCAGAGCGUGAAGAGCGAGAGCGUCUCUAACGGAGAGCGGGUCUGCAUCCCGCGCGCUAAACUAGCCGGCGCUCACGUCCAGCGCUAGCGGCCCACAGAGACUCCGGCCCUGCGAUCGUCUCCUGCUUUAUUCGCUGUUUUUCUGACGUCCGGAGCGUCCGAACUCAACAGGACCACCGUUUCUGACGGACGGAAACAAACCCAAAGCGGAGGAACCAGACGGACCUCCUGAGAAAAGAGACCUCUCCGCUCUGUUUAUUCGUUUCAAGUGUUUUCCUGUAGAUUGUUGUUAGUGUCUUUCGAGCCUCGAGACGGAGCGGCGCAUCGAGUCUGAGAUUUCUGAACCCUAGCGAGUCGUCUCACUAGACAGCAUCUGCGGGCGUCAUCCUCACCGUCUCCGUUCAUCACCCGCACACACGGAUAUGUGUCAAGAAAUCAAAUAUUCAUAUUAAAUAUGUUAAAAACGAUAUAUAGAAAUGAAAUAUAAACACAUAUACUACACUACAAGCCGCUCGGGGCAAUAUUGUGAAAUAUUUCUACUGUUUAAAAUAACCGCGUUUUAUUUUAAUAUGUUUUAAAACGUAAUUUAUUCCUGUGCUUUCGAAGAUAAAUUUUUUUGCAUGAUUAUUCCAGUCACAUGA